GAUUUCAGUGGCUUGUACUGCGAGUGUUUUAAAGAGGUGGCCAUACCAUCGUUCGUUUCUUUAUAAUUUGUUAUUGUCAAGAGUUGACAGCCGUAAGUAUGCAAGCGGAAUCGGGUAUAGUUCCUGACUUCGAGGUUGGAGAAGAGUUUCAAGAGGAACCAAAAACGUAUUACGAAUUGAAGAGUCAGCCCUUGAAAAAAAACAGUAAUCCUUCAGAACAGCCAUGCUCAUCUUCCAAGCCCCCAUUGGGCUCCUCGACCACGACAUCACGGAUCCUGCUGCGGCAGCAGUUGAUGCGAGAGCAGCUCCAGGAGCAGGAGCGGCGGGAGCAGCAGAGACGCCAGGCCUCCUCCACCUCGCAGUACCCCCAGAUCACCGCCGCCCACAAUCACACGCACGGCCAGACACCGGCCAUCAAUGUCAGUCUUCCCAGUCUUCCCCCUGCAUCCCAGCUGCCCAUGGAGGUGCUGAAGGUGCAAACUCACCUGGAGAACCCCACCAAGUACCACAUCCAGCAGGCCCAGCAGCAGCAGGUGAAGCGCUACCUGGGCAAGAUUGGCUCCCUGCCCUGCCCUAACCAGCCCGCUGACCACGGGGGCAUGCCUCCGGGGCCGGGCAACAGUGCCCCCAACAGCCCCAUGGCCUUACUCACCCUCAACAUCAACUGCGAGAAAGAGAUGGAUGAUGUCAUUGAUGACAUAAUUAGUCUGGAAUCUAGUUAUAACGAUGAUAUCCUUGGAUUAAUGGACCCACGGCUUCAGAUGGCCAAUAUGAUCACUGUCAACACUAACCUCUUGGAACUGUAUGGUAACCAGGGCAUGCCCCCUCCAGGACUGGCCAUCAACUCCUGCCCUGCCAACUUGCCCAACAUCAAAAGGGAAUACUCAGUUUCCCAAUCUCCGGCCAUUAUGCACAUGGACAAGUCAGAAUCAUGUGGCAAGUUUGAGAACUAUCAGAGGCCUGAAGGGUAUCCUGUAGAAGCAGAGGUCAGGGCAAUGGCAAAGGAAAGACAGAAGAAGGAUAACCAUAAUUUGAUUGAGAGAAGACGGAGGUUUAACAUCAAUGACCGGAUCAAAGAAUUGGGAACCAUGAUUCCAAAAUCAAGUGAUCCGGAUAUGCGUUGGAACAAAGGCACCAUUCUCAAGGCGUCGGUGGACUACAUCAGGAAGCUACAGCGGGAGCAACAGGGGGCCAAAGAGCUGGAGAACAGGCAGAAGAAGCUGGAGCACAUCAAUAGACACCUGAUGAUGCGGAUACAGGAGUUGGAGAUGCAGGCUCGUGCCCAUGGUCUGACCACAGACUCGUCUGCCCUCUGCUCAGCGGAGCUCUCAGCCCGAGGCAUCAAGCAGGAGCCAGCCCUGGGAGAUUUCCACCAGGAUCUGUACCCUGUCGACCCCCAGCACCAACACCACCCAGCCUGCACUCCAGACCAGGUUCAGUCCACCACCUUGGAGCUCAAUGAUGAAGCCUCUCCCUACACUGAGGGCCACGGGGGAAUCUCAGGCGAGCUCCGGAUGGACGACACCUUGUCCCCGGUGGGAGGGGGAGACCCCCUGCUCUCCUCUGUCUCGCCCGGGGCCUCUAAGGACAGCAGCUGCUCAGGCAGCAUAAGCAUGGAAGAGAACGACCAUGGCUGUUAGCACUCACUGCUGCCCACACACCUGCAUCUUUAUCUCCAUCCCUCCACCCUGUCCUACUUCAGCCAGCUGCUGGUUGGUUUGUUUGCUGGUUGAUUGUUUUCAGGUGUUGACACAUAUUUAAUUUUUCAGCCCUAUAUUUUGU